AUGCCUAACACUCGGAUUAAGUCGCGGUGUUUGGAUGAUCUUACUGAUCAGGAAAGACUUCAGGAUAGAUUGGAGUGGGAAGGUUACACCGAGAAGAAGAUGAAAAGUGAUGGAAAUUGCCAGUUCCGUGCUAUAGCUGAUCAAGUCUAUAAAUCCGCUGAUUUUCACAAACGUGUUAGACAAGAAAUCGUCCAACAGCUCAAAUCUCGUCCAAAUGCUUACAAAGAAUAUUAUGGUAAACUGCAAUAUCAUAUACAAUUCAAAGAGUACGUACAAGACAUGUCCAACGACUCCGAGUGGGGAGAUGACAUCACGCUGAGAGCAGCUGCAGAUGUUUAUGGAGUCAAAAUAGUUGUCAUUGCAUCAUAUAAAGAUAUACCUUCCUUUGUAAUUCUUCCCAAAUCUCAAAAAGAACCUGACAAAGUCAUUCACUUGAGCUAUCUCGAAGGGGCCCAUUACGAUUCGAUCCACUUGAGACAAGGUUCAAGUACGAGAAAGAAGAAUAAGGAGAAGGAUAACGAGAAGGAAAAGGAGAACGAGGAUCUGAAGAAGGAGAAGGAUAAGGAGGAUAAGAAGAAUAAGAGGGAGAAGGCGGAGAAGAAUAACAAGAAGAAACUAUAUAGGCGAUCUCACUUUUCUAAUGACAUGUUAAUGCCUCUUUAA